AUGGAUCGGUUGCUUGCUGCUUAUGAUGCGGAUGUGGCAAAGCUACUUGCUGAUUAUGAUGAUGGUCUUGCUUCGUAUGAGUCUCAAUUUACUACAUACUGGACAUGGGUUGAUGAGGAUGCUCGAGCUACUUCUAUUCUUGUUGCUAGCAUGGAGGACAGGAUUUCGGCUAAUAUUGUUGAGCUUAAUUUUGCACAUCAGAUGUGGACUUUUUUUCAUACGCGUUAUGAGCCCACUGGUCAGUCUACUUUUCUUGCAGCCAUUCGUCAGGAGCAGCUUGUUCGACAGGGUGAUGGUACAGUUGAUGAUUUCUAUGGUCAGAAAUCUGCUAUUCGGCGCCAGGUUGACACUCUUGGUCCUCAGUUGUCACCUAGCACUUGUCAGUCCUGCCUAGAGCUGGCAUCUUAUCGUGAUGCUCUUCCUCAUCCGGAAUGGCAGCACGCUAUGGUUAAGGAGAUUGCCGCUCUUGAGCGCACUCACACAUGGGAUCUUGUUCCUCGUCCUGCACAUGUGUGCCCUAUUACAUGUAAGUGGUUGGAGCAUGGUCGCGACUAUGACAAGACUUUUGCUCCUGUUGCUCACAUGACCACUGUUCGCACUCUUCUUGUUGUGGCCUCUGUUCGUGAGUGGUCCAUCUUUCAGCUUGAUGUCAAUAAUGCCUUUCUUAAUGGUGAGCUGCGUGAGGAGGUUUAUAUGCAGCCGCCGCCUGGGUAUUCUGUUCCUGAGGGUAUGGUUUGUCAUGAUCCUCAAUAUGUUGCUUUUGUCAAGGCUUGUCUCAACGAGCAGUUUCUUAUGUCUGAUCUUGAUCCUCUUCGUUUCUUUCUUGGGAUUGAGGUUUCUUCUACAUCUGAGGGCUUCUAUCUGUCUCAAGAAAACUCCUUACAUCUCCAGGCAUAUUGUGAUGCUACAUGGGCUAGUGAUCCCUCUGAUCGUCGAUGUCUUUCUACCUAUUGUAUUUUUCUUGGUGGUUCCCUUAUUGCUUGGAAGACUAAGAAGCAAGUAGCAAUUUCUCGUUCGAGUGCUGAGGCUGAGUUGCGUGCUAUGGCGCUUGUGACGGCAGAGGUGACUUGGUUACAGUGGUUGCUUGAGGAUUUUGGUGUUUCAGUUUCUGUGCCGACUUCUUUUUUGUUUGACAGUGUAGGAGCUAUCAGUAUUGCCCGUGAUCCGAUGAAGCAUGAGCUUACUAAGUAUAUUGGUGUGGAUGUUUCUUAUACACGAUCACAGGUUCAGGAUGAGGUUAUUGUUCUUCAGUACGUGCCUUCAGAGUUGUAGCCGGCUGAUUUCUUUACAAAGGCGCAGAUCCAUGUUCAGCACGGAUUUUAUCUCUCUAAACUCAGUGUUUUGACCCACCGUGAGU